GGAGGAUGUUGAGUCUGAGACAGAAAGUAGUGGACGCAACAAAUCCUGUAUGACUUCAGUCUAAGAACUAACCCACCAAAAAAUGGCCUCACCUCCGAUCCCUCUCAAUCCGACUUCCGGCCACGAUUUGGCCCGCGCAGUCCGGGCACGAUUGCUGGUUACUGACGAUGCAGCUACCGCGGAGAAGAAGAGUCUUACAACUUCGGACCUUUUGGAAGCGUCGAUAGUCGCCUGUGAUGACCUUCAUGUCUUGCAGAAGCUGGAGCUUCUCUUUGCCUUGCACGUUGGAGAGGAUGGGAAGAUGUACGGAUUGGAGUUUUCGGCGUUCGUAGGCUUUGUGGAGACGUAUUAUUGCAAAGGGAGAGCUUUGCCGGAUGCCGCGGAGAAGACAGCCGAAGGUCUCUGGAGGACCUGGGUGGCUGGCCUACUCCAAAAAUCUAAAUCAUGCGGACAGGAUCAGAAAGCGGAAUCGCAUGUUGGAGAAUCCGGAAAGAUGCAGCCUGCGUCGGUACUGGCAUGGGGAAACAAUACGACUUCGCACCUCGGUCUCGUUGGCUACGGCCAUCUUCGUGGACCGUCCGCAUCCAGUGCUGGUGCAAGUCCGCGUGUCAUCCUUGGCCUCGACAAGAUAUCGAUAAGGAAAAUUGCGGUCGGAGAACGGCAUACGCUUUUUCUGUCCACGAGUGGUAGGGUGCUCGUGUGCGGCACUGCCGUAGCAGGGUCACUGGGGUUAGAAGCGUCUGGUGAUGCUGAUAAAGUAAAGGCCGGCGUUCAGGUUGUCCAGAUUCCUACGCCCCUCCCGGAUCUUCCUUCGAUGCAAGACAUAGCGGCUGGAGUGAGACACUCAGUUGCUGUGGGCUGUUGUGGACGUGUGUUUUCUUGGGGUGCGGGUGACUAUGGUCAGCUGGGACAUGGGAAAGCUAUGAUAAGUACUAGAUCUACUCUGGAAACGUCGCAAUGUCCCGCCACUCCAACAGAUACGACCGGUGCUGAGCAUCAAGAAGGCUACCCAGGAGACGCAGACAUCUAUUCUUUCGAGUACGACACACGCUUAGGCGGCUCGUUUCCGUAUCUGCCGAGGCCGACGGUGAUUGCCUCUCUGUGGGGUCGUGGGACUAAGGCGUGUGGGUGUGAUUGCGGCAACUUUACGACGUUUAUCAGAGUAAAGUCUGAGUCUGCGAACGCGAGUAGUGCACCAGGUUCUUCUAGUACGACGACCCCGGUUCUGUUCGGAAUCCUAGCGUUUGGCAACAACACUGACG